CACUUCAAAGAUCAGGGAAGCAAAAUGGCGGAUUCACAAAACGCUAUUAGAGGAAAUGAUGGUAGUACAGGGAUUGGCGAUUCAGUUUCUCGUGCAGACUAUUCAUCUCCAAACCAGUAUGGCCAACAACCUUUACCUCUUCAACAGAAGUAUCGCUUUACACCUGAAGAGCUACGGGUUCUGAGGGAAUGCAACAGAGAAAGCUUCUAUUACCGAUGUUUGCCUCUUGCUGCUUCUGCUAUGCUGCUAGUUCAGUAUGGAGUUAAAAAAGGUUUCCUUCAAUCCAGUCCCAAAUGGGGUUCUACCUUAAAACUUAUUGGUGCUGGUUUUACCGGAUGGGUGGUGGGAAAAAUUUCUUAUCAAUCCCAUUGUGAAGAAAAGCUAAUGCAACUCCCUAAUAGUCAGAUUGGAGAAAUGCUACGUAAAAAGAAAGGUGGCGUUGCAGAAAUGUUUCCUCAGGAGCCACUCCUGAGUGGUGGUAAUGAAUUUGGUCCAAAAAGUGACCAGCUCACUGGUGUUACUGAUAUGUCAGAGUCAAGUCAGGUAUCCAGUUCUCUAGAUUUUGAUGCAGAUCGUAAUGUCCAGUAUAAAGGACUGGAAGAGACUCAGCGGCCAAGUUUAGAUCGGACAAUAACACCAUCUGAAGAAGAAGUCUCAUUGUCUCCCAAAAGUUUUACAUCUUACGAUGACUUACGAAGAAGAAAUCGAGAAGAGUAUGAUUCAAGGUUUCAGAGUCGUCAGUUGCCAUACUCAACCCAGUCACAGGGCCCUUAUCGAUAUGCCUAUAAACAGCAAGACUCUACUGAUAAGAAAUCGGGGUAUGGAGAGAUUCCUGCACACAGUCUAGGAGAUUCCGAGAACAAGUAUGGAGACAUUUGGGAUAAAUAAAAGAUUGGUUGAAGAAAAUUGUAAAUUAGGAUAUAAAAUUAUUUGCUUUAGUUUAGAAAAAAUAAAGUAUCUUAAACAUGUUUA